GACAACAAGGGAAAUUCCAGUAAACUUUCACGAUGAUUAAUCUCACCCACUGAUACUUCACGAUCAACAGACUUUCACAUCCAAAAUGUCCGCCCGUACCUCCCAGAUAUACAAGGUGUCCGAGGUGACCCCUAACUGUGCCCAAUGCAACAAACCCAUCACAGACACUGUGGUAGCUGCACUGGGCAAGACCUGGCAUCCUGAACACUUUACCUGCGCACACUGCAAAAAACCCAUAAGGGAACCGACAUUCCGUGAGCAGAGUGGCCAACCCUACUGUGAGGCAGAUUAUAUGCAGCUUUAUGGUAAAUCCUGCUCUGGUUGUGGCCAGCCUAUCAAAAACACCAUACUGACCGCGUUGAAUAAAACCUGGCAUCAAGAGUGCUUCAAGUGUACGAAAUGUCAGAAAGUGAUCGCUCUUAAAGAGUUCACGGAGAAGCAUGGGAAUCCUUUUUGUAUGGGUUGUGGAAAAUAAUGGACCAUUAAUGUGUCCAGUAAAC